ACGGGCUUUGUUGCUGUGCAAACGGAUUGCACAUACCUGGAGCGCUGCGGCCGCCCGAUAAGCGCUUGAAUGGAGGUGAUGUCACGGUGAUGCCGGCGCCAGCCCACCCUCGCCCGGAGAAAGGAGCCGAGUGCGGGGAGAGGCCAGCGCUAGAAGGAGAGACCGAGCGCGGCCAGCUCAGCCCAGGUCCCGGGGAGAGGCAGGCCCUGAGCCCCGAGCCCCGAGCCCCCCGCCCGGGCCCCGCCACCCCAGGCCAGGACUGCGCCUGGCUCCGCGCCCCACGCCGAGUCCCUCUCCCCCCGCCCGCGCCCGGCUUGGCGCCGGAGGUGGCAGAGUCGGGCGGGCGGUGCGUCCCAGGGACCCAGCUGGAGCCUGGCCUGGGAGCCAGGAUGGCCAUCCCUAAAGCCUUGCUGACAUGCCUGGGGCUGCCCCUCUUCCUAUGCUCAGGGGCCCAGGCCCAGAAUCAUGUGCCACCCGGCUGCAGCCCGGACCUCAACCCCCUCUACUACAACCUGUGUGACCGCUCUGGGGCUUGGGGCAUUGUCUUGGAGGCAGUGGCUGGGGCGGGCGUUGUUACCACUUUUGUCCUCACCAUCAUCCUUGUGGCCAGCCUCCCCUUUGUGCAGGACACCAAGAAGCGGAGCCUCCUGGGGACCCAGGUAUUCUUUCUGCUGGGGACCCUGGGCCUCUUCUGCCUCGUCUUUGCCUGCGUGGUGAAGCCGGACUUCUCCACCUGUGCCUCUCGCCGGUUCCUCUUUGGAGUUCUGUUCGCCGUCUGCUUCUCCUGCCUGGUGGCUCACGUCUUUGCCCUCAACUUCCUGGCCCGGAAGAACCAUGGGCCCCGGGGCUGGGUGAUCUUCACCGUGGCCGUGCUGCUGACCCUCGUGGAGGUCAUCAUCAACACCGAGUGGCUGAUUAUCACGCUGGUCCGGGGCGGUGGCGAGGGUGGCCCUCCGGGCAACGGCAGCGCUGCCUGGACCACGGCCUCCCCGUGUGCCAUCGCCAACGUGGACUUUGUCAUGGCGCUCAUCUACGUCAUGCUGUUGCUGCUGUGCGCCUUCACGGGGGCCUGGCCAGCCCUGUGUGGCCGCUUCAAGCGCUGGCGCAAGCACGGGGUUUUCGUGCUGCUCACCACGGCCACCUCCAUCGCCAUCUGGGUGGUGUGGAUUGUCAUGUACACUUACGGCAACAAGCAGCACAACAGUCCCACCUGGGACGAUCCCACGCUGGCCAUUGCUCUUGCCGCCAAUGCCUGGGCCUUUGUCCUCUUCUACAUCAUCCCUGAAGUCUCCCAGGUGACCAAGGCCAGCCCAGAGCAAAGCUACCAGGGGGACAUGUACCCGACCCGGGGCGUAGGCUACGAGACCAUCCUGAAGGAGCAGAAAGGCCAGAGCAUGUUUGUGGAGAACAAGGCCUUUUCCAUGGACGAGCCGGCCUCAGCUAAGAGACCGGUGUCCCCAUACAGCGGGUACAAUGGGCAGCUGCUGACCAGUGUGUACCAGCCCACCGAGAUGGCCCUGAUGCACAAAGGCCCGUCUGAAGGAGCUUACGACGUCAUCCUCCCACGAGCCACCGCCAACAGCCAGGUGAUGGGCAGUGCCAAUUCCACCCUGAGGGCCGAAGACAUGUAUGCGGCCCAGAGCCACCAGGGAGCCACAUCGCCGAAAGACGGCAAGAACUCCCAGGCUCAGUCCCCGCAAAAUAAAACAAGAUGGUAGAAGCCCUCCUCCCUGAACCACACGCCGUCCUGAUGUCCUCAGGCCUCUGUCCAGGCUGGGCAGGGCCCAGCACCUCUCCCGCCCUUGUCAUUGGAGCUGGGAGGGACCGGAGGCCACCACCCUGAAGCAGUGGACUGAGUGGGUACCUGUGAAGCCCCGAGGUGUGUGGCUGGGGCCCCAGGGCCAGCCCAGCCUUUCCUGGUCCCCAAGUGACUGAGGCCACAAGGAUCUGCAGAACUGCUAGGCCUGCCUCCGUCCCCCGUCAACGCCCUUCCCCCCCAGUCACAGCCCGUGUGCCCCCAUGCUGUGGUUCUCCAGAUGGCCAUCCUCAGAUGCCCUGUCUUCACGCCCUGGGCCUUCCGGCUGUUUUGGUGUCCAACAUCAGCUUGCCCCGCCUGCGCCUGGGUGAAUCUCCUCCGUGAGUUCCUUGGCCAACUGGAGACAAUAGGUGUGUUUUUAGGAGGAAGGUGCCUUCCCCCAAGUGGUCCAGCUACAUCACAAACGAGCCUGGAAUGGAAAAAAACUAGAAGAGUCUAGAACCUGUUGCCGGUGACAUCAGACCUUGGUAAAUUUCACACCGACCAGCCACUCAGCUGGAAGCAGAGUAGUUUGGACCCUCACUGCUCAGAAUCAGAUGACUUCAUCCUCUGUGAGGAAUUAUAACCACAGAAACCCGGUGUGUUCGUUGAGAAUUUUUCUGGGAUUUCAUAAUACAUAUUUGUAACCUAGUCUCUUUGCCUUCUAGACCAAUCGAGGCUGUUUGAUUCCAACGAACUUUCUCUUGGUUAGGGAUUUAUUCUAAGGGAGGAAACUGAGCCUCCCAAAACAGCCAAAAUGCGUGGCCCCGCCCGCACCCCCACAAGGUCUGGGAAUGUAGGGAUGGGGCGACAGAGGAGGACAGCCCCUCUCAUAGUCCUGGGGCAGCCUGGUAUGCUGGAGGCCAUCACUGAAAUACAAGAGCUCCUGGGAAGUCAGACAGGGCCAGGGGAUGAUCAGUACCUCCCCUGAGAACCUGCCAAGGGCCGUGCCCGGCACACUGCAGUUUUGGUUCCCUGUAAUGGUUUACACCUCACAGAAGAGCAAGAAACAAACAGGCUAAGUGACUUGCCUGGGGUCAUGUCCUCCAACCCGUUCUCACCAAACCUAGCCCUUUUCUCUAGCUCCAUGGGGUCUGCAGAGAUCAGACUCAAGUUCAAGUGACCAGAUUUUGUUUCCGGUCU